UUGCUUCUAAAGUGGACAUUUCUGCCUUUUCCUUUUCAAUCAGGUCCGAGGAAUCCCAACUUCACUCAAUCUCCUGCUCAUCAAUAUCAUAGUAAUUAUUCGCCCAAUAGUUAUACUCCCAAUCAAAGAAUACAUGAAGCAUCAUUGAGUUUUGGUGGUUCAGAUUCUUGGAGAAGUCCAGUUGGAAUUGCUAGUCCUUUUCCUGGGCAACAAGGGACUCCUCCAGGGGUCUGGAAUAGAUCUGGUGGCAGGGCUGGCUAUAGCUUUCCCUCCCAUUCACCAAGAGGUGUCGGCUUUCCCUCCCAUUCACCAAGAGGUGUUGGCUUCCCCAGUCCUGGUCUUGGACGGGGUGGUAUCCCUAGUCCUAGUUCUGGAAGAGGUAGUCAUCAGUUUAGUAACAGCCGCAGCCCUGGCUCAGGAAGAGGUGGUGGAAGAGGGCGUGGUUUCCAUACUGUUGUCUCAGCACGUGAGAGGCCAGACAUGUUUUACAACAAGACCAUGGUAGAAGAUCCAUGGAGGUUGUUGACUCCAGUUGUUAGAAGUUCAGGUCUGCAAGUGAACGCUCGGCAUACCUCUGGUUCUCUAAGAUCUUGGCUUCCGAAAUCAAUUGGCCUGAAAAAGGCCAGAGGUUUAGAAGCUGGAAAUGAGUUUGAUUCUCAAUCAAGCCUUGCUGAAUGUCUGGCUGCCUCUUUUGAGGAGGCUGUUAAUGAUGCAACAAGCAUAUAAGAGGUGGGUGCACAGGAGAAGCUUGACCUAUUUUCUGUUAGUGUGGGCUACUUUUAAGAUCUCUCUUUGCUAUGCUUAUCUGAUCUCAGUGCAAGUUUGGUCUUUUUCUGGAAAACCUACUGCCAUUGCCAACAGCCCAAAAGGUGUCCAAGGAAGAUCCCAAAGAAUGCUUUCUCCAAGCAGGGGAGAACAUGAACAAGUAUGCCUAGGUAUGUCAUUUAUCUGACUUCAUUUUGGGCCAAAAUUAUGAGUAGCUUCAUACAUCUCUCCAUUGAGGAAGUUUAUGAGUUUGUAAUUUAAGCCAACAAUUCAACUGCAAGUUCUCAAUUGCAAAAAUUGGGCAUCUUGUGGUUGUCCGAAAUUCUUUCUGACAUAGAUACCAUUAACAAGAUACUCUGAAGUUUUUGGAAUACUGAAUUCCUUCAAAAAAUGGUGAAUAUAUAAUAAUCUUAUUUAGCUGCUGUAUGUCCAUAAGAAUUCUUUGGAAAAGAAUGCAUUUAACUUCAGUAGUGACCUACUGUGGGUGUUCUAACUUUAUUCUUGUAAAUAUGCCAUUCAUUAACUAUUUUUUGUGACUGGCAAGCUUUGAAAAUCAUCA